AUGAAAAAAUCAAAACAUAUUCGUCGAGUCGUAUCCGUUGGACCAUUGGAUCGAAAAAUCGUAAAAAGUUCGAAUGAAUCAAAUUUGUCUCGUAUUAAUUUUAAAAAUUCAGAGGCACGUAAUACACAUGUAGCAUCGAAAUCUCAUCAAGACCAGACAAAAAGACCCCGAACAACAACAGCAGUGGUACGAGUUUCUCGAUCUCAAGUAUCAUCAUUUACUAUCUGCAAAUUUCCUGAUCAGCAACAAUCACCGAACAACGUAGAACAACCAUUCAAUGAUCAAUUAAUUCAUGAUGAUAUCUAUGCGACAAUUUCAAGUGAUGUACAAAUUGAUCUUGAUCAUAAUAUCCAAACACCACUUUCUACUAAGACUUUAGCAGAUCAAGUUUCUAAACAUAUAGCACAACAACUUCAUCUACGAGCAGCACAACAACUUCAUCUUCAACCAGCACAACAACUUCGUCUUCAACCAGCACAACAACUUCGUCUUCAACCAGCACAACAACUUCGUCUUCAACUAGUACAACAACUUCGUCUUCGACUAGUACAACAACUUCGUCUUCAACCAGCACAACAACUUCGUCUACUAGCAGCACAACAGCAACAACGACAACAGCAACAACAACAUCGGCAACAACAAGUGAAUUUGAAUUCAUAA